ACAGUAAGCUGUAGCUUGUUCGUCGGCGGUUCUAACAACAGACGGGCAGCGGUCUCUUCCGUCCAUACAUCAUGAGGUUGCUAACAAUAAAGACCUUAUCCAUCGUGAUGUUGGUGUGGGUCGCCGUGGUGAUGUUGCUGUUGCGGCUUAAUAGGACGGGUGCUACAUCGAGGGCGGAUACGUUGGCGGACACCGAUUUGAAAACAAACAUGGAUCACUCCCUCGUACUCCCCUCUUUCGGCGUCGUAAACGUUAUGGAAGAACACCAUGAAGCUUUGAUGUACUGGUUCUCGGCCGCAGCUAGUGGGGCAAUUAAGAAGCAAGGGAACGUUCUGAUUCACAUAGACGGUCACUCAGACGCCGCCCAACCAGAGUAUUGGAGGAAGAUGCCUCUCUUUCGGUUACCUACCAACCAGAGGGAGGUGAAGCUAAUGAUGGAGAGGAACGACGUCUUUAUUCAGGUCGCUGCUUCCACAGGGUUGAUCAAUCGUUUCAUCUGGGUUUGGCCCCCGUAUGACGCUGGAGGCUUCCUCCACGAAACGAACGCCCCCUACGUGUCUGUUCGACUGAGAAUCGGCGUAAUGUACAGACAUGGGGAGAGUGAUGGUGACAGAUACAUACUGGAACGCUGUGUUUGCGCAGAAUCUGACCACUUCACGAUAGACAACCCAUGUGCCUGGAUUGAUGCAGAUGUUGAAAAUGAUUCUGAGGAUUAUGUUGUCAUACCUGAGUCUAGAUGUAUGGAUAUGUCCCUAAAGGGCACGUUGGAGUUCGUGAGUACAGACAAGGCUAUAGAGCUAGCAAAAUCAGGCAGAUGGAUCACGGCGAGUGACAGCGUCAUCGUGGACAUUGACGAGGACUACUACGCAUGUGAAGCUGUGUCCGCUCCUCUGUACGAUGCCGGGAUGAGUAAGGCUCAAAUCUAUGACAUAUCAUUCAGUGUAGGGAAGCUUAUGUGUGUUGACAAUGCUCACGAUGAAAUGCUGGCUGAUAAAUUCUUUCAUGACAUGUUAAAGAUCACACUCACACAUCUCAAGCUCUGCGGUAGCGGAAGAGCAAAAGAUGACAGAUCAUGUUCUGACUCACUUUCUAUGAGGAAUUCAGUUAUUGAUAAACUCCACAAUGUACUGGAAAAGGCUAGGCAUGUUAUGUGCCUGCCUAACGAAUCUACCUAUUUUAUACUUGGUCGUCUACUCGACGACCUCCUUUACCUUGAUGAGCGUAAGUUGGAGGAACUUAUCACUGUUGGCGUGUGUAUGAACCAGUCCCCAAGGAGUACAGGCUUCAACCGAAAUGAUGGCAUGGUGAUAUGCCAGGGUUACAAUGGGCCUAAUACAACGCUCAUCCCAUACCACAGCGUUGACGAGAAGGAGAUUGACAACACCACCAACCAUCUCAAGACUAUCCUCUCACAGUCAUUCACUCCUGGUGUGGUGACUCUCAUCCGUUCUGUACGGGAUGGUUAUACUCCGAGGAAACAUUUCCACAUUAUUGAGCCUAAAAUUCUCAAUGUUUUGAAAACCACGUUCCCAGACCAUAUAAACGACCGUAGCAUACACUAUGACUCGGAGCUGCUUGGAGGAAAAGAUGGGUGGUAUUUGAGAUACAAGAAAAUUAAGUCUUAAUUAUAUGUGUAAGUAAAUAUGCAAAUAGUGCAGGACCUUACCCAUUUACAUGUCUAUGUCUUUAGUUUUCGUCUUAAAAAAAGAUUUUCCGUCACUGCUCCAAGAAAGUAGGAGCUUCCGGAAACAAUUUCAAGUUAAAUUUCCAGCGAACAUUCGUUUUGUGUAAAACCUGAGGCAACAUUUCUACUAUUUACUGGAACAAUUUAUAUAUUUUUCCCAGUGUCAAUGAAUGUCAAAUGGUCGGUCCCUAAGGCCUGUGGCCUAUGUCAGAUCUAUAAGAGCAGUGUAAAGAACAAUUUCUGAACCCAAACAUCAAUCCAGAUCAAAUGUAUGGAUUGAUUUUCGAAGGUGCCUGGAAAAAUAUUUAAUCUGCAAUUGAUUUAAAUAAGCACAUAUAUGUAGGCAGAGACCAUAUACUAGAGGGAAUAUGGUCUUUGAUGUAGGCUACAUAACCAAAUAAAAAAUGUUAGAUUUAGAAAAUAACUGACUGUCGUAUUGUUUUGGUAAAGGAAAACCGUGAUUGGAUAAUCAAGAAAAUCAGUAAACCCAUUGCAAGAAUGUUUAGACGAUGUUGUAUGGGAGAUUUGGAAUGUUGUUCUCAUAACACAUAUUACAAUUGCAUUAUACUAUUAACUAGGUUGAUAAAUCAAUACAAAUUACUGCAGAGCAAUCACAUUGGCAGUAUGCAGUAGUGGUAGUACAAAAUUCAAAGGCAGUAUCAAAUGCAAUAUUAUCAUCAAUAACAUUCAUCUAUCCACAACAGUGGUCAAGCUUCCACAAUACAUGCAAUACACCCAAACAGCUCAUGUCACACUCAAACAGCUCAUGAAACACACUCAAACUCAUGCAAUACACACAAACAGUUCAUGUCACACUCAAACAACUCAUGGCAUACACUUAAGCAGCUCAGGCUAUACACGCAAACAAAUCAUGUCAUACACUCAAACAGAUGAUGUCAUACACUCAACCACAUCAUGUCAUACACUCAAACAGGUCAUGUCAUGCACUCAAACAGAUGAUGUCAUACACUCAACCACAUCAUGCCAUACACUCAACCACAUCAUGUCAUACAC